GCGGAGCCGUGUAGCGGACACACAGACCCUCCUCCCCGCCCUCUCGACCGUGCCUGGGGCGCGCGCGCGCGCGGCCGUCCGCAGCAGGCUCCCCCCUCCCUCGACUCCGAGGCCCCGCACGGCACCCCCCAACCCGGCUCCGGAGGAUGAUGAAGCUCAAGUCGAACCAGACCCGCACCUACGACGGCGACGGCUACAAGAAGCGGGCCGCGUGCCUGUGCUUCCGCAGCGAGAGCGAGGAGGAGGUGCUGCUCGUGAGCAGUAGCCGCCAUCCAGACCGAUGGAUUGUCCCUGGAGGAGGCAUGGAGCCUGAGGAGGAGCCGAGUGUGGCGGCGGUCCGGGAAGUGUGUGAGGAGGCUGGAGUAAAAGGGACGCUGGGAAGACUAGUUGGAAUUUUUGAGAACCAGGAGAGGAAGCACAGGACGUAUGUGUACGUGCUGAUCGUCACAGAGGUGCUGGAAGACUGGGAGGACUCCGUGAACAUCGGAAGGAAGAGAGAGUGGUUUAAGAUAGACGACGCCAUCCGGGUACUGCAGUGCCACAAGCCUGUGCAGGCGUCCUACUUCGAGGCCUUGAGGCAAGGCUACUCCGCCAACAACGGCACCCCUGUGGUGCCCACCACCUACUCCAGCUCCAUGUCAGGCAUAAGAUGAUUGCAGACGUCUGUAAGAGCCUGAGAGUGGAAGGCAGACUGAAGUGUGGCUCUCCUCACACCCUCACCCUCACGGCCUCUUUCCCCCAGGCAUGGCGGGCGGGCGGUAGAGAGGGCACACCGAGGUGCUGCUGUGGGCUGUGGCGCGAGGCGGGUGGGUGUGGCAUGGUGGGAACUCUUCUCUUCCUGAGGGUGGGGCUGUAACUCUCGAGUACUUUCCUGCAUGCCCGCUCCUCCCGCUCACCCUGCCCUCAGAGAGGGCACCUCCCUCUCCUCCUUGGGUUCUGAAGUGUUCCCGUUUGUCUCAUCCCAGCCUGGCCAGAUAUUUCCUCUGAUUUUUUGUUUUUCCAUUAAAAGACAUCCAUGUGUGAUGAAACUUUCUAAAAAUCUGUCCUGUAAUGUGCUGUUGAGUCCUGUAGGUUGGCCACACGCCCUCAGGACGCCUCUGUCUACACACUGUAUCCUGACGUGUGAAGUGCAAAUAAGUGGCUUAGGAAGAGGAUCCUAACUGUUUUCCAAGUUUUGGGUUUUUUUUUCUUUCUUUUUGUUUUUUUCCAGAUACUUCUAGUUUAAGCCCCUCCCUCCCUCCCUCCCUCCCUCCCUCUUCAUGUUUGUUUAACGCUAGUAACUUGGCGGGCUUCUCUGUGCUCUGUUCCCGGCCAUGUCGAGCCUAGCCACCUUCCUCUCGCUCCUGGGACCCUGGCCCUCUCUAGGCUAUUCCCAUGCCAAGGAAAACAGAAGAGAACCUGUUUUCUUUUCUGUUACCAAGCCUGGAAAAACAGUGAUAGGCAUUGCAUUCUGCCCGAUAGGCUCACAGCAGGCUUUGAACUGGACCCCGUCACUGUCUUAGAGGCUGGACCAUCAGGCACCACGUCUGUCCUGCUGGCUGGGAAUUCUUUCUAUAAUGCUACUUAUUGCUGACAUGGCCUCUCUUACCCUUGUAUGCCUUACACCACGCUGACCUGGAUAUGGCCCCAUGCUCUGCUGCUCUGCAGCCAUCCUGUAUAGCUCUGUCGCCGUGCUGAGAGGCCCCACCGAGGUCCUGAGAAAUACAUGGGGGAAGGUGUGUGAGCAUGUAUGUGUGUGCCAAGGGCUGACCAAGAGCGCCCCGAGCAAGCAUCGGCGUUCUGUCCGCCAGGUGUGAGAGGGGCCCAUUGGGGACCUAGCUUGCUGCAGACUCCGGUGGUAUUUUAUGGAGGUUUUGUGCCGAACUCAUCUGCCAGCUGUGGUGUUUAGUCGGGAAGUAAAGGGUGCUGGGAAGGCCUUGAGCAAGGGGGCGAGAGGUAGCCUGGCUUAGAAUGGAAUCUCGGGACUCUGUGGUGUUGCCUAUGUUGAAACGUAGCCAAGAUGUGAAAUUAAAAUAGCACUUCUCUUUAUUUAAAAACUAAUAAAUACUCAAACUUUGAAAA